AUGGUUAAAGCAGUAGCAGUACUAAGAGGAACAGUCGGCAUUUCAGGCAUAGUCACCUUCGAACAACCAACAGAGAAGGACGACACCAUCAUAACCUACGAAAUCACAGGGAACGACCCAAACGCCCUCCGUGGGUUCCAUAUUCAUGAAUUCGGUGAUGUCUCCAAUGGCUGUGUCUCUGCAGGUCCUCAUUUCAACCCAUUCGCUCAGACUCAUGGGGCCCCCACUGACAAGGUCAGACAUGUAGGGGACAUGGGUAAUAUUCCUACCGAUGCUCAGGGGGUCGCUAAGGGAACCAUCAAGGAUUCUUUAAUUAAAUUGUUGGGCCCAACUUCCGUCAUUGGAAGAUCCGUCGUGGUUCAUGCCGGGCAAGAUGAUUUGGGGAAAGGUGGGAAUGAAGAAUCUUUCAAGACGGGGAACGCAGGCGGGAGAGUCGCCUGUGGUGUCAUUGGUGUUACUCAUUGA